AUGCUCGCCAAGUCUCUCCUCUUUCUCGCCUCGGCCACUCUGGCCCUGGCCUCGCCUUGUGUGCGAUCCUCGCCUGUCCUUCCCGUCAACGGUGGUGAAAAGGAACUCCCCUCGCCUCCUACCGGCGUCACCCUGAAGCACAUCGCCCUCGGCUUCGGCAUCCAGAACUACACCUGCGCCGACGCCGGAUCUACCGCGGCCGCCACCGGCGCCCUCGCCAUGCUCUACGACAUCACCUACCUGUACCCCAGCCAGAGCCGCAGGUCGCUCAGCAGUGCCGCCUGGCUCACGCUCACCGGUGAUGUCCUCGACAACCACGCCGUUCCCCUAAACAUGAAGACCGGCGCAGGUGCCGUCGGCGCGGACGCCCAGAACCCCUUCACGGCGAGCACCGCCCUCAAGGUCAACAGCCUCGAGAUGCCCUUCCUCGGCCACCACUACUUCAACGCCGCCGGCGUCCCCACCUUCGAUCUCGGCAGCCAGGUCCUCAUCGGCACCAAGCUCGACGCCGUCGCCGCCCCGGCCUCCGCUAACAAAGGCCCCGACGGUACCGGCGCUGUUGCUUGGCUCUACCUUGGCGACGCUGGUGGCAGCAUCGGCGUCAAGUACGUCUACCGCGUUCUCACCGCCGGCGGCAACGCCCACAGCUGCACCAAGGCCGGCGCCGACAGCACCUCGUACACCACCAUGUACUGGUUCUACGGCUAA